AGGCACAAGUUCCUACCUCAGCACCAAUCAUGAAGAGCCACAUGAGUGGGGAGUGUCCAUAUAAAUGGAGCAGACAGCAGGUUAUGUUCCCACGCUGGGCAGAGGAGGAAGGAGGCUCUGAGUUUUUCCCUUAAGUUGCAUGGAGAGUCUGUAGGCUGCAGUGUGACCUGCCAGGCUCACUUUAUGGGAAGGAUGGUGGGCUGCAACUUGCUGUGGCUGGCUGUGGCCUCCUGCAUUCUGACACUGGCAUUUCCAUCUACAAUACAGCAAGGUUAUGGGAGCCCAAGAAACAGCAGCUCCAACGGGCUGGACCUAGACUGUGGAUCCCCUGGCACUCCAGAGGCUGGUGUCUGUUUUGACCCCUGCCAGAAUUAUACCGUCCUGGAUGACCCCUCCAGAAGCAUAGAGAACACGGAGCAAGCACACCAGUGUGACGAUCAUUUGCAAGGCUGGUACCGCUUUGUGGGUGAAGGAGGAGUGAAGAUGCCAGAGGCCUGUGUGGAGAUAUACCGGUGCCAUACCUCUGCUCCCAUGUGGUUGGCUGGGCCUCACCCCAUCCUGGGAGAUGGCAUUGUCAGCCGCACAGCCUGUGCCAACUGGAAUGAAAAUUGCUGCUUCUGGAGUACCGAGGUCCAGGUGAAGGCCUGCUCAGAAGAAUCAGGAAGUUAUCAUGUGUACAGGUUACAGGGCACCCCUGAAUGCAGCCUGAGAUACUGCACAGAACCCUCCCCUCCAGAACCCACGCCGCCAGAACCCACGCCGUCUGUACCCUCCCCUCCAGAACCCACGCCGCCAGAACCCACGCCGACUGUACCCUCCCCUCCAGAACCCACGCCUGUACCCUCCGCUUCACCAGUGCCGUGUGAGAUCCUUUGCCGUAAUGAGGAGGAGUGUGUCCUGGAAGAUGACAAUUGGACCUGCGUCUGUAAUCAGGGCCUCAAUGUUUCUGAUACUCAGAGUUUGCAGCCCCAGCUGGACUGUGGACCUGAUGAGAUGAAGGUGAAGCUGGACAAGUGUUUGCUGGGAGGUCUGGGUUUCAAGGAGGAGAUUAUUGCCUACCUGAAUAACCGGAAUUGCAGCAGAAUCAUGCAAAAUGAGCCCAACAACUGGGUGUCCACAACCAGCCCUGUUGUGGCUGGUGACUGUGGGAACACUCUGGAGAACAAUGGGACCCAUGCCAUCUACAGAAACACCCUCUCCUUGGCCACUGAUUUCAUCAUCAGGGACUUCAUCGUCAAUGUCAACUUCCAGUGUGCCUAUCCACUGGACAUGAAGAUCAGCCUCCAAACUGCACUCGAGCCUAUUGUAAGUUCCCUGAAUAUUGAUGUGGAUGGGGCAGGAGAGUUCACUGUCAGAAUGGCCCUCUUCCAAGACCAGAGCUACACACACCCUUAUGAAGGGGCCAAAGUGGUGCUUCCAGUGGAGUCUAUGCUCUAUGUGGGUGCCAUCUUGGAGACAGGAGAUACCUCCAAGUUCAAGCUGUUGCUGAGGAACUGCUAUGCUACACCCACAGAAGAUAGGGAUGACCCCUUGAAGUACUUCAUCAUCAGAGACAGCUGCCCAAAUCAACGUGACUCUACUAUCCAUGUGGAGGAGAAUGGAGUGUCCUCAGAAAGCCGAUUCUCAGUACAGAUGUUCAUGUUUGCUGGAAAUUACGACCUAGUGUUCCUGCAUUGUGAGGUUUACCUGUGUGACCCCACUGAGGAGCAGUGUGAACCAUCUUGUUCUACAAACCGGCUCCGCAGCAAUGGGCCAGGCAUCAACCUAGCCCAGGUUCUAGAUUUAGGACCCAUCACUAGGAGAGGUGCUCAGACUCUUGAUGCCUCAAGUGGGACUCCCAGCACUGCAGGGUUCUUGAUGGUCUGGCCCACGUUCUUCCUGCCUGUCUUCCUGACUUGGCUGUUCUGAGAGACCAGCUGGGCAUCUGGCCUAGAAGCUCAUGUUCUUCCCUCUGGCCAUGGCUCAUAUCCACCCUUCAGUAGAGCUGGAUUCCUCUGUGUAUCACGUGAACAACCCUGGUUCAAGGGUAGAUGGGGUUUGGAGAAAGGGAAGAGCAUUCUCCUUUACGUUCCUCUUUUCCUCGUGCUGAGGCCCUACCAGCUUGUCCUGUGCCAACUUCCUCACUCAUUAGUGAGGCUCGGAAAGAGAACCUGAACCCACUUGGUGCCUCUUUGGUACUAGUCAUGAGUGGAAGUGCAAUGCGUAUUGAUAACUCCUGGAUAGAGGUGUUCUGUUAGUAGGUGGGAAAUCCAUGAUUCUUCCUAAAUGUCUCCUGUCCUGACAGCUGGUGAAUUGAAGCACAUUGACUCUU